AUGGCGCACGUCCGAGGCCCGCGGCUGCCUGGCUGCCUGGCCCUGGCUACCCUCUUCAGCCUUGUGCACAGCCAGCAUGUGUUCCUGGCCCCUCAGCAAGCACUGUCGCUGCUCCAGCGGGUCCGCCGUGCCAACAGCGGCUUCCUGGAGGAGUGGCGCAAGGGGAACCUGGAGCGAGAGUGCGUGGAGGAGCAGUGCAGCUAUGAGGAGGCCUUCGAGGCCCUGGAGUCGCCCACCGACACGGAUGUGUUCUGGGCCAAGUACACAGCUUGUGGGACGGUGAUGAAGCCUCGAGAAAAACUCGUCGAAUGUCUAGAAGGGAACUGUGCUGAGGGUCUGGGCAAGAACUACCGCGGAAAUGUGAGCUUCACCCGGUCAGGCACCGAGUGCCAGCUCUGGAGGAGUCGUUACCCACAUAAGCCUGAAAUCAACUCCACCACCCACCCUGAGGCCGACCUGAGGGAAAAUUUUUGCCGCAACCCAGAUGGCAGCACCACAGGGCCAUGGUGCUACACUACAGACCCCACGACGCGGAGGGAAGAGUGCAGCAUUCCUGUGUGUGGCCAGGGGGGGUUCACUGUGCAGCUGACCCCACGCACUGGAGGCUCCAAGGGGAAGGUCUCACCCCCACUGGAGCUGUGUGAGCCUGAUCGUGGCAGGCAGUACCAGGGUCGCUUGGCCGUGACCACAUAUGGCUCCCCCUGCCUGGCCUGGGCCAGCUCGCAGGCCAAGGCCCUGAGCAAGGACCAGGACUUCAGGCCCGAGGUGCCGCUGGUGGAGAACUUCUGCCGGAAUCCUGAUGGGGAUGAGGAGGGUGUCUGGUGUUAUGUGGACGAGAGGCCUGGUGGCUUUGAGUACUGCGACCUCCAGUACUGCGACGAGCCUGUGGAAGAGGAGGCGGGAGACGGGCUGAGCGAGGACCCAUCCGCGACUAUCCAAGGGCGCACCACCACCGAGGAUUACCAACCCUUUUUCAACGAGAAGACCUUCGGCUCCGGGGAGGCAGACUGUGGACUGCGGCCUCUGUUCGAGAAGAAGUCGCUGAUAGACAAGACGGAAAAGGAGCUGCUAGAUUCCUACAUACAGGGGCGCAUCGUGGAGGGUCGGGACGCCGAGCAAGGCAUCGCGCCGUGGCAGGUGAUGCUUUUCCGGAAGAGCCCCCAGGAGCUACUGUGUGGGGCCAGCCUUCUCAGUGACCGCUGGGUCCUCACUGCAGCCCACUGCCUGCUGUACCCACCCUGGGACAAGAACUUCACUGAGAAUGACCUUCUGGUGCGCAUUGGCAAGCACUCCCGCACCAGGUAUGAGCGGAACAUUGAGAAGAUCUCCAUGCUGGAGAAGAUCUACAUCCACCCCAGGUAUAACUGGAAGGAGAACCUGGACCGGGACAUUGCCCUGCUAAAGCUCAAGAAGCCCAUCACCUUCAGCGACUACAUUCACCCCGUGUGCCUGCCUGACAGGGAGACGGCGGCCAGAUUGCUCCAGGCUGGAUACAAAGGGCGGGUGACCGGCUGGGGCAACCUGAAGGAGACGUGGAUGUCUAACGUUGGCGAAGUGCAACCCAGUGUCCUGCAGGUGGUAAACCUGCCCAUUGUGGAGAGGCCGGUCUGCAAGGCCUCCACGCGCAUCCGCAUCACGGACAACAUGUUCUGUGCUGGUUUCAAGCCUGAGGAGGGGCGAAGAGGGGAUGCUUGUGAAGGUGACAGUGGGGGACCCUUUGUCAUGAAGAGCUCUUUUAACAACCGCUGGUAUCAAAUGGGCAUCGUCUCAUGGGGCGAAGGCUGCGACCGGGAUGGGAAAUAUGGCUUCUACACACAUGUCUUCCGCCUGAAGAAGUGGAUACAGAAAGUCAUUGAUCGGUUUGGAAGUUAG